AUGGACGGCGGCGUGCUUGACGAGCGCAUCCUCGCGCCGGCGGUGACAUCAGAGUUUCUCUGGAUCGUCAUCGUAUCGUCGAUCGGCGCCGUCUUCGCGGCCUUCGGCAUCGGGGCAAACGAUCUCGCGAACGCCUUCGCCACCUCUGUGGGCGCCAGGGCCCUCACCAUCAAGCAGGCCGUCGUCCUCGCGGGAGUAUUCGAGUUCUUGGGAGCCGUGUUCCUGGGCUCGCACGUGGCCAAGACCAUCCGCUCUGGCAUCGCGGACUACCAACCCUCAACGCUCCAGGUCGGGUGCUUCGUGGACAACCCUGGCAUCUUGAUGUACGGCAACAUGUGCGUCGUGUACACGAGCGGGUUCUGGCUCCUGCUGGCCUCCUUCUUCGAGCUGCCCGUGUCCACCACCCACGCCACCGUCGGAGGCAUCGUCGGGAUGGCCAUGACCUACCGCGGCGCCGACUGCGUGGUCUGGUACGAGGAGGCCGAGUUUUUCCCCUACCUCAAGGGUGUGUCCGCCAUCGUGGCCUCGUGGGCGCUGUCACCCGUCCUGUCCGCGGUGAUCGCCGUCGCGCUCUACUUCUUCAUGCGCACCUUCGUUCUGCGGGCGGACCAAUCCCAGAAGAAGGCCAUCAACAUCUUCCCCUGCCUCGUCACCGUCACCAUUGCCGUCAACGUUUUCUUCAUCCUGUACAAGGGUGCCAAGUCGCUUGGGCUCGAACGCACCACCCUCCCCGUCGCGUUCGCCUGGGCAUUCGGCCUGGGCGGGGUCGUCGGGGGAGCCAUGUACCCCACGGUGCUCCCGUACAUUCGGCGGAACAUCGCCGCCAAGUACCACGACGACGGCACCCGCAAGUCGGAGCCCCGCACGGAAAAAGUGGUUAGGCCCCAACCGCAGAGCGGUGUGAUCGGGUUUGUCAUGAACCAGAUGAACCAGGACAUUUACUCCAGCGUGAAGGACUCGGAGUACGUCAACCAGAUUCACGACAACGCAGAGAAGUUCGAUCCCCGCACGGAGGAGGUCUUCAAGUACGUGCAGAUUUUUACCGCCAUCUGCGACUCCUUCUCGCACGGAGCGAACGACGUGGCCAACGCCAUGGGACCCUUCGCGUCCAUCUACUUCGUCUACACUACCGGCGAGGUCAGGGAGGAUGGAAACCUCGGCAACAACGCCUUCUGGAUACUCGCUUUCGGAGGUCUCGGGAUGGUUGCCGGACUCGCCCUCUACGGGUACAACAUCAUCGCCGCCAUCGGCGUGAAGAUUGCCAAGAUCACUCCGUCCCGUGGUUUCGCGAUUGAGCUCGGUUCCGCCUUGACGGUGAUCAUUGGCACCCGACUCGAGAUACCUCUCUCCACUACCCACUGCCAGGUCGGAGCCACCGCGGGCGUGGCCCUGCUGGAGGGAAGCGGAGGCGUCAAUGGCAUCGUCCUCGCGAAGGCCAUUUUCGGGUGGGUCGUCACGAUCGUCGUGUGCGGCUUAACCUGCUCCGCACUGUUCGCACAGGGGGCCUACGCGCCCUACGCCUACGAUAUCAUCGACGACCUGGCGUCCACCUCUUCUUCGUCCCCGUAA